AUGUUCAAGCUUGGAAGGACAAUGUCGUCGCCUACAAAGCAAGUUAGUAUCCGAAGGUUGCCGCCGCUUCCGAAUCAGUUAACACAGAGGAACAUAAGAGAAACUGUCAACUCGAAUAAUGAAAAUCACGCCGGAGGCAGCAUUAAAACAAAACCUUCCGGAGGUAAACCUGAGAAAGAUUUAUUCUUUAAAUUUUCUUUAGUUUUCCCCAGUAUUAAGCUAGGAAUAAUUUUUUGUACAGUUCUUAAUUUUGCCUCUAUUAGGGUUUGGGUAUUUGUUCAUUAUUUGUUGUGGCACGAUAAGCACUCUGUUUGAAUAUAAAUAGAUGAAAGUACUCCGAAAAAAUUAAAGCCGUCGCCUAGGCCUUACUUUUGAUGAUAAUCGAGUCUCUCCCGGCGGUAAGGUCUUAAAUUUCGUCUUUCCUGACGCAUAAUCCUGGUGAGUGCUUAUAGGUUUAAGGCAAAUAAUGCGCCUUUACUUCCGAAUAGUGCGUUCAGUGCUUCCUGCAUACAGAAUGUCGAGAUAAACUCAAUCAUUUCGGAUGAGAUAUGACCUGAUAUUAAUAACAGGAACUUUCUAAAAUUAUCUUUGAAGACCCCAACUGAAAUUAAGCUUUUCAAAAUACUGUUGAUCAGAUGACUAGAAAGUAAACCAUUCUGUGUAAACAUUUACCGCUAAGCGCGCGUUUUUACAUUUUGUUCUGCGUGAAGUUUCUCUGUUUGGACGUGUGCAAAUAACGAUUUUUUAGUUUAUUUUUAUUAUUACAGUUUCCUGGCCCAUUUUUAAUGCUUUUUCUUUUUUUCUUCGUCUGCAACUUUAUUCAUUUAUUUUCGUGCAAGCGCCGUUUCAGACGCAGAUCAUAGUGUGAAUGCAAAUCAAUUUUGUUUUUCUUCAACUCGAAUACGCGACAAAUUAACCAGAGGAACGGUUUCAUCAUUUGUCUGCAGCUCAACUUUCUUAUAUCUAAUAUUAAUACACCAAAAAGAGGAGAAAACAUUAUUUACGAUCCCUAAAGGUUAUUGUCAUUUUUUUUAACAACAAAUAUGAAUGUUAUUUGCUAUUGCUGUUAUGUCUUGGCCGCCAGGAGCUGUCGAUCGAAAAUAAGCUUAAUUAAGGCAUAUUUUCAUUUAAAGCCAGACUAUUCAUAGAGACAGAAUCAUUCAUUAUUUAUAAAAAACGUAUCAGCUUGAGCACUAAAUCUUUUAAAGCUCUCAUGAUAUAAAACAAAACCCGCCACAGGGAGAUAACGAUAAAGAAAUUCUGUAAUCAACCACACCAGGUGACGCUAAGAUUGAAAUUUGACAUUUUAGUAUAAUUAUAAGACGGAAAGAUGUCAAUGUUUUAUUCAUGUAUUUCGGAAAGCUUUUUGAAGCCCUGUGAAGAAAAAAGUUUAUUGACACCCCAUGGUGUUUUUUUCUUUUCUUUUUUUUAUUUGUUCUGUCAUUUCUAGUUUUUAGUUGAGCCCUCAUCAUAAAGGAAGAUGGCUUUUAAAAAUUUCUUAAUUACCAACCAUGUUUUAAGCAAGAUGUGUGCAUUUCAAGUUUAAUCUCUGAAUCAUUUUUACCCUUUUUUUUAACUAUUUGCUUAGCUACUAAUCGAGUUUUUAUCAUCGAUCAGUUUUCAAAUCAAAAAGGAUUCUUUUAUUUAAAUAUUUGUCUUGCUUUUUAGUAUUUACGUUUUCGUUAUUUUCGUUUAAUGAUUUAUUUAUAUCAGUUAUUCUGCAAAUUUUGGUUUCCUUCUUCAACUUAAACGCACGGAUUUAUGUGGAAUUUCCUUGCAGGAUUAGAAACCAUCUCUUACCCUGUAAAGUAAACAAUAAACAAAACAAUAGGAAACUCCCAGUUUUAUCUUUUGCUAAGGGUUUUUGUAGGUUGUUAAGUACAACAGUUCUUUCUGAAAAUUUUUUAACUUUUUCUAACUCCACACAGUUACACUUAUUCAGAAUGUAUUUUUCUCAAAAUAGUUCUCUCCGAAAUGCGUGUCAAAGAAUACCUUUUGGCCAACCCACAAGUGUUGGAGGAUUUUAUCAUGGCAGAUAUAAGCCAAGAGCAGCUCGAGAGAUGGCUGAUCCGAAAGACACAAUCCACAGAACACAUUAAAGGGGAAGGUAGUAUUGGAAUGACAAUUUUAUUACACGGCCUAAUACUCAUUCACACCAGAUAAAUAUGUGAAGUUAAAUCGGGUUUAACUGGAUGAAAAUCGAAAACAGAGAACUGAAAAACUGAAUUUCCUCAGGUUUCAUGUAGUCACUAGCGUUUAUUUCCCAUAUACUGAAUGAAUUAUAAGUCGAACACACAUCGGUAUGAGCAGCUUUUAGUGAAGAAGACAAUUUUAAACCGCUAAGCAAAACAGCUUUAAAAUGUGUUAAAGCUUUAGUGUAAACCGGGUAUGAUUCGUUUAUCUUUGUUAAGUUUUAGCCCUUUCAAAUGCCUCCUAUGGCCUUUUUCUAUAAAGACUUUAGGCCUGUAGUCUAUAAGAUUUUGCUCUUGGCUGUGAAUGAAAUCCAAAGUCUGGUUUUUUUUCUCUCCUUGAGGGUAAUUGCGUAGAAUUAAAAGUUGUGUAAUUUCUCUUGAAUAUGUUUCUUCUCCAUUUUCCUAGCCGUGAGAACAUCUCUCUCCAAAUGGAAGGUAGGAAUAUUGAUUAUGUAUACAUACGCUGAUAAAUUGAACUUCUACAUCGUCAUCUGUUCAUUUGAUCGCACGACGAUUUUCAUUAAUAAUAGAUUUAUGUUUUCUUGUUUUUGGCGUGAGUAGUUUUGUGUUCAUACCGACAAGCGCAAAAUGCUCCAGCAACUGACGAAAGACAUCAAUCAACAGCCAAAAAAAGUCAGAGUUAUGCACGAGCUCGUCAAAAGCGUAGCUGCAGGUAAUAAAGAAUUCUGUCGUGUUUGACUUGCGAUGAUUUAAAACUACAUGUAUUGUCAUCCAUUUUACUUUUCCUUUCCUUUCUUGGAGAGGAAAAUUAUCUCUAGAUAAUCACAAGUUGUAAUAUUGAUUCUUCUCCGUCAACGAGAUUGAUUUUUGCUCAUCACUACGCACAGUUUCUGAUGUUAUUGGAAUUUGAGAUGUUUCGCACGACUUCUGUAAGAAUCGAAGAAAACAAAAACAGCUUCAAUGCAAAAUAGGAAAAACAAGGAUGCUGUUUAUCAAGAAUUGAUGAAAGCCUUCAUAAUUACAUCAGGAUGUAGGAAUGAUUAAAAGACGAUAAUUAUACCAAAUGAACCCUUUGUCUAUCAACAAUUGUCAAUAUUGUGUUUCCUAGCCACUCAUGCAAACGUACAUUCACUUUACCUGGUGGACAAAAAUGGAAGGGUGAGCUCUUAUUGAUCUUACUUUCAAAAAUCUAACUUAAUUAUGUUUAUCAUCUGACAUUCAUGUACAAUCUUGAGUCUAACUACAUUUUUGUAUAUAAACAACAACAAGAACAGAAAAAGAAAUAAUCAAAACAGACAAAAAAAAACUCACUUCAAGUUUUGCAAACUUCUGAUGAAAUGGUUUUCCAAAUUCAUCGGAUUUUUUAACGAUAAGGUGCAUUUAGUACUUUGUGCUGCACGAAAAAACGUGAAUCGUUUGUUAGGGUAUAAAACUUAAAAAAAUCAUUCAUUAUUUUCGAUAUUUUCUGAUUGGUUAGGAGCCAGUAAGAGAAUAAGGCAAGAAUAAAUUUUCUUACUACUGUAUGUCUUUCAAUCGUUUGCUCGAAAAUAUUGGCAUACGUUUAGAAUUGGAGACAUUGUACAAUUUUUAAAUUCACUAAAAGAAACUGGCAAAGUUCAUGUUCACGUUUGCACUAAAUCUGUUUUUAGAUAUAACUUUUAUAUCGAAUUAAUUUAAACUGAAGCACAAAGAGUUAUUAUGUUUUUCUUAAGUAUUAAUGUGAUAAAAACCAUAUUCUUAUAUUCUCUCAAUCUCACAGGACAUUUAUCUGUAUUCAGAGAACAAGCCGAGGUAAAGCAAAGGCAUUCCUGGUUCUCUUAAGUGUAUUUAUGUCGAUUCAAAUUGUACGAACAGCUUUACACUUUCUUCAGCGGUGAAUCUGAUUUUUUGUUUUUCUUGGUUUGGUUUUGUAGAUCCCGGUCUCUUUGUCGUCAGAAAAUUGGAUGUGGUGGCACGAUUGCGGCUUAUGUCGCUGAGACGGGUCAAAGGCUUUAUGUUAAAGAUAUUCUCGGGGUAAACCUUUCAUCAAAGUUUGUUAUUGUGCAAAACAAAGACACAUUUUGCAGAGACAAAUGUAAACUCUGAUGUUCUGACCUUAUCCAAACUGACUCAGCUUAUAUUAUAGCCUUUUCGUCUAGCUAAUGACCUAACCAUUUUAAAACUUGACUUAGAUUAACCAAAUCGAGAAAGCGUUGUCCAACUCAGCCAGCUCCACGUGAGGUGGUGAGGAAUUUGAUCAAUAUUAAUUCAUUUUUUUCGUUGUGCGUUUUCUAUUAACCUUUGCGUACUGAAUCUGUUGUGAAAGAGCAAUAGAGCUAACUCAAGCAAAAUCAAUGACGACUCGUUACGAGGAAUAAGUUUUUUGUGCGAAGUAAAUCAACACAACACCUUGUGAUUUAAGAUUGCCAAUUUGACUGCAAUCAGACAUUAGUACUUAAAGUUAUUUUCUAUUAUUUUGUCAUAGGACGAGAGAUUUCCCAAAGGAAUUGGUAUUGAAGGUUAGUUGCGCCCAGAUUCUUUUAGAGUGAUUUUCAAUUGAGUUUCGAAAGAAAAUAGGGAUUGAAUUUGUUUUGCUUUACUUUGCACUGCGAUUGGUCUACAAAAACUCCAGCCGCUCUCUCAGCCAAUCAGAUUCAAACGUAAAGAAAAUCGCGUCUUAAUUGUCGCACUUUGUUUUGAUUGGCCGUGAAGUUAUUAGAUUUUGUUUCUUUGACACUGAAUUCAGAUGCCCUCAAUAACUUAAGUGAGACGUUGCUUAACAUCCGACGGAACAACGAACUAACUUUCUCUCUCUGCUGCAGCAAAAUACUGAGACGAACAUUUAGGAUUCUUUUUUAUUUAGUUUUUGGCUGUAGCAAUUAUUUCUUUCCAAACUAAACUAAAUUAAACCCCUCUCGAAGUCGGUAGAAGCGUUACCAAAAAACAAAUGUAACGUGAUCAAAUAUGAGCAAAGCUAAUCACAAAUAAACUUUCUACGAUUGACUGUCUGAAUUUGAUCGCUGCAUAGAAGAAAAUGAAAAAGGGUCGCUGCUUUGUUGUUCUCCCAAGUUGCCUUUGUGUCGCGGGUAUCUUCAAGAAAUUGUUUCAUUUAAGCAGCAAUACGUAAGCCACCAUUCAUGAGUGUACUUAUAUAAACGAUUCAGUCCCCUGCGUGAACUAAUUCCCACUCUGUAGAAAUGACGGAUAUAACUGAUAGUCUUUUGGAAUUGUGUUUCUUUGUGUUUCAGACAGCACAGCCCAGUCUGUAUUGUGUCAGCCUAUCGUACAAGCCGAUGGAGCUAUAGUUGGUACGAAAAUGGUUCUUUUUCUAAUUUUAAGCGAUUUUAUGCUAAACACAAAAUUAAAUCUCCAGGCCAGGUUGUUCCAGUGGUGUAUAACGCUAUCCACUGGAUAAAUCUUUAUCCAGUAGAUUACGAUACACGUUGCCUUAGGAGUAAAGAAAUAGGUAACAAAUAAAUAAAACGAGAGUGAUAAAUGUUCAAGGGAGCAAAUUUUAAGAAAAAAUAUGGAAACUCAAAGAAGAUAAUUUCUGCUUAGACCCUGAGAAUGAAAGAACUCGAUUAAUGAUGCACACUACGCACUUAUGAUGGAGCCAGCUCAAAGGAUAUUUGCUGUAGAAAAAGUUUUGUUCAAAGGCAGCAAUUAAAUCAAUCAGGUUUACAGACCCUUCCAUCAAAAUUCAGCCUGCACCACGGGAAGGAAACAAAUUAAGGAAUUCCAUGGUAGAAUCACUCUUUAUUGUUCAUAUUAUAGUAUAGCACGGUAUUCUGGUUUUUAUUACAGGUAUUGUCGAAUUGGUAAAAAAACUUGGCAACCCAUCAUUUGAACGGGAAGACGAAGAGGUGAGUAAUGUAAUUGCUUUGUGUUGCAGCAUUUUGCCAAUUGCGUAUAGAAAAUGGAAAGAGCUGGAAAUCAUGGAUAAACCAGUUUCUCACUGCAAAUAAGUUCAGGGGAGUAAACUCCAAGGGAUAAAUAAGUCACAUUAGACUCGCUCCAGUUUGCUGCGCGCAUUCUUCACAGCGCAUGCACUAGCGAGAAAAAUUAGGAGACUGAGAACUACCCGCAUGGGAGGAGAGUUUUUCUUACACCAUACUAAAGCGCAUCAAUGACCAAAACGAUCAUGGAGAGCGAGAUUCAGUUCAUCAUUUCUUCGGUGCUCAGUCAUUUUUGCCAUUCUUAAACACCUUCUUGUUUGUUUAUCUGUUUUUAUUUGUUUGCUCUGUCAGAUCGUUAAUAGUUAUCUUGCCUGGGGUAGUAUAGCUAUUCAUCAUGCUGAGGUAAGUACAAGUAUAAGUAACAGCUGUGAUCUUUUGGGGGAAGGGGAGGUGCAUGGUAGAGAAGAGAAACUCAGGGUACUAGGUUGAGUAACAAGGCGCGCCCUCCUUCCAUCCAAAGACUCUCAUGGGUUACUUUUCUAACUAAAUUAUCAGUUAUUCUAAGCCAUAAACAUAGACCAGCUAUGCAGAACUGAGUUGGAUUAAGAAUUUAAGCGGCUUUUCUGUCGGUGUUCUUGUUUUAAGAGCUUCCGGGUUUUCAUUAAAACAUACAGAGUGCACAAAGCAAAAUGCAUUAAUCGUAAAGCUUACACAUGCUGUUUCGAAUAAUUUACCAAUAAUUUUUCGUUUGUAAUCCCCUCUAGAUUUCAAAACAAAUGCAAAAGCAAAAAGAUCUAAAUAGUUUCCUGCUGAAUGUUGUAAGGUAAGAGUGUAAAAGAAAAUACUUAUGAUGCAUUUCUGUUAAUCCUCAUGAAAUUAGACUGUCACAAUUUUUGAAAAGAACAUUAUCACUCAAGAUCACCUUAUGCGAGCCUCGGCCUGUUAUCUGAACAAAAGAUCUCAUUUGUUGGUCGACGACAUACCAAGAGCCCUCGACAACAAACCAGCUCACGAAAUUUGUCUUAAUUAAGAACGUUUUCAGGAACAAGACAUUGGGGUCUGUGUAUAACUCACUCAUGGUAACUUUCAUUGGAAAUAAACAGACAAAGUUUACUUGAGAAAAUCGGCGAAAGAAGAGCUAACCUCUACCAUUAAAUUAAAAGCAGUUGUCCUUUCAGUUAACAAAGAAAUGAAUAGUGUGACGGUUUCAUCUUUCAGAUCCAUUUUUGACGAAGUUAGUACUAUGGAUGUGGUAAUUGAAAAAAUAAUGGUGAGUGCAUAGUAGAGAGAUUUUCCGACAGCUGCUUGCUUUCCGCCCUGAUAAGAAUUGAGAAAGAAAGUGCACAUUUCAUAUCCUUUUGUCUUUUGUUACUACUGUUUCUAUCACAUGCAGGCUUUUGCCAAGCGGUUAGUUAAUGCUGAUCGCUGCGCGCUCUUCAUGGUGGACGCCAAAUCCAAUGAGUUGUACGCCAAUUUGUUCGACGAGGGAGACGAGGAUGGUUUGGGGUACAAAUUUAGAAACGGAGCAGAAAUAAGGUAUUAAAACAAAGACAAAGCGGGGUGAGACAGGCAAAAAAUGCUGAAAAUUUUAUUAAUGCGACCUCUUCAAUUCUAAUGCACUUAUGAGGAUCUUUUCAUCAUUCGCUAUAAUAUACAGGUCAAAAUAUAACUUACUCCAUUCAUUUGUAAUCAGAUUCCUUAACAUAGAACAAAAACUUUUAAAAUUUGCUUGUUGCUAAAUGCUGGAUUCUUAACUCUGGGAAGGUAAAGUUUGAAUAGAGUGAGUACGCUUCUAAAGAAACUGCGGUGUUUCGUCAGUGGGAGAGUAUAUAAAUCUUAAUAGGCGUUUUGGUGCAUAGUUACGUAGGGCGAGUCAACAUGCAAACAACGAGUAGAUUUGGGUCGGAUCUCGACCAAAACCUCCCUUGGUUUUUUCACUUCUCCGCUUCUAUCACGCCUCUAAUUAUCGCACUUCGUUUUACGGACUGAAAGACUUGAACAGCUUUAGGUUGGAAUCCUUUUGGAGCUUGAAUUUGGAUUGAAUUUUUUUUUGGAAUUGAAUUUUCCAGGCCUAAGUUUCUGCAAUAUCUUCACUUACAGUUCAUCUGUGAGAAUAUCUAUCUUUCUUAUCUUCAUGCUUCUUUUAAAUUUUAUUUUCUAGAUUUCCUAUCAAUAAAGGCAUCGCCGGCUUUGCUGCUAGUACAUCAGAAACUGUGAACAUCAGCGACCCAUACCGUGAUACGAGAUUCAACCGUGAAGUGGACAUAAAGACGGGCUAUAUAACAAAAUCCAUUCUGUGUGUCCCCGUUAGUUGCAAAGGAAGGCAAGAAAUCCUUAACUUGGUCGCUUUUGAGAGUAAAUACAAAUGUAAAAGUCGCAAACUAGAGAGGAUCUAGCUCGAAACUUCAUUCCUAACAUAAGUAAACAAAGAAGAUUCGAAGGAAAUCCCUUUCACUGAGUUUAAAAUUCCAUAUAUCCAGAGGAGAGGCGAACAUAGCUUGCAGUUUUGCAAUAUGUUCCUGCAAAAUUUUAACACCUUAUUCAAAUUUUUUCUUUGUUCCGUAGUGUAAUUGGUGUCGUUCAGAUGGUAAACAGUAAAAAAGGAUUUUUCUCAAAUGAAGGUAAAUGAGAAUCUAUGCUAACCUCUCAAGGAAAAUAGCUCAGCUGUAAAAACUGAAACUCAAACUGAUAUUAACUGACUGAAACAAUACGAAGAAUAUCACAGACAAGCAAGCAAAAUUUAAUUGUCCUGAUUAUAUGACCUAUACGGUCCCGCGUGCUCUUAUAAAAAGGCAUUAAAAAAAUCUCCCCGUAAGGGCUGUGCACAAAUUCUCAAGCAGGGCCUUAGAGAGCCAGACGGCUUUACGAACGGUACUGCAACAUGCGGAAGGAACGAAGAAAGAAAGAAAGACAAAUAACGGGGGUCACAUAAUGAAAUGCCUUUUGACUGAGUUAGGUCGGGCCACGCGAGAAAAUUUGUGGCUCUCGCCCAUGCUUUAAGACCUUGUUGAGCUCCGUCCUUUUAUCAUGACAAACGAUUUUCCGGCCGGCGCUCCCACACAGUUGCUAAGUACAUCAGUAUUGCGUUAGCAUUCUUUCAUGCAUGCGGAGUCCAUUUUUUGUCUGUGAUCACUGUUUAGAUGCCAGAGCAUUUGAGUUGUUUGCUGGUUACUGUGGACUGGCUCUGCAUUACAGUCAGGUGGGUCGUAUUUAAAAAAUUUCAUUUUUCGUCGUAUCCUAUCUCUGAAUUAAAUGAGUCAGAUCUAAGAGUUGAACCGGCCGAAGUCGCUGGUCGACUGUGUAGGUGUCCCACUCAAGUAAACAACACAAUGACCCCGGCAGCAUGGCAAGAUUCGUUCCUUGACCUAUCGAUCAGGGUUCCAACUCAAGUCUACCGGUGGUGAUUACCCUCUUUAGCCCUUUCUCCCCCUCCCCCCCUCCAAUAAUUCUUCAAAUUUCUCUAUCACAUCGCCGAAAGUUGCGAUUGGAAAGGGGAGCCAUGAAAGCCAGUAGGUACCUGCAUUCUGUAUUCCUUUCCGCUAUCACAAAAAAUUUUAAUUUUUAUGCUACCAGAUGUACGGUCAGCUCUUCAGAGGGCAGCAGAAGCACCAAGUGGCACUAGAAGUUCUUACAUAUCACUGCUGCGUAUCAGAAAAAGAAACUAAACUAUGGCUUGCCUCAGCGACCUCCUGCAGUUUGCCAAAUGAUUUUUAUAGGUAAGGUUGCAAAAAACAUCUUGAAUAUUGAAUACAUAAAUGCUAACAGGUAUGGUUAAUUUUAAAAUUGUAGAGUUUAUUAUGAUAAUUUCCAUGCAAGAUUCGAUGAUGGUUUUAAAUGAGACAAAGUGUAAAAUAAGCUAAAAACUUUUCGUGCAUCUUACUCUUCCUUGUUGACUGGUACUUUUGUGUUUUUUUUUUAAAUAUUUUUGAGCACAGAUUUUGUAUUUUCUCACGGUGAUAUAAAUUUUCUAAUAAAAAAAUUUCAUUAAAUCUCUCUAACUACUGAAUCCCCCACGCAACCUCCACCACAAAGAGAAAGAAAAACCCUGAGCGCCUAUCGGAAUAAAGACCCAAAGAUAAUUAAGAAACUGUGUUGCAGAUUUUAUCUGCAAAAACGAGUCUUUUUCUUUCGCAGUUGAAACAAACCUUUACCUUUCUCCUUCCUCUUUCAGCUAUGAAUUCAAUGUAUAUCAAAAUGACGACGAAUUAACAAACUAUUUUAUUAUUAUGACAAACGAGUUCUUCCAAGAGUGCAACGUCAGGUAACAACUAAAGAUGUACGGAUAUUUUAUAAAGGUUCAGGAAAGAUCGCUGGCACGAAUUCGGGGUGUAUCAUUGGGGCAGAAAGCUGUAUUGUUAUGUCAAGUGUAACCAGGCCUAAACCAAUGGAAUAAAUGGGGGGAGGGAGUUUUUAGAGAAACUGUGGUGUUGCGCCGAUGGGGGAUAUAACAAGAUAAUUUGGUUUAAUUUUAUCGACUGAGUUGAGUCGCCUAGUCGUCUUCCUGUUUCCCCCUAUAUAUACCUUUUGCAAUAAGUGCAAGUUAUGCAAUGGAUGACAUUGGAAGAUUAUAUUAAGCUUAGGGAUUGAUUAAGCUAGGAGAUUGACAAAAGGGUGUCUUUCCAAACAUAACCUCGGGUUGGAGUCAAUUUUUAGAUUCAGGGUAAAAUUACGUAAUAUGUACCUACCGUCUCCUGUUGCUCGAAUGUUUUACGGGACAAAAUUCUCGACUGUGGACUUUUCGGCUAUCUUUUUAGACUUGAUAUGGAGACACUCGUUCGUUUUACCUUGACUGUGAGGAAGGGUUAUCGUGGUGUGGCAUACCACAACUGGGGGCAUGCGUUUGCUGUGGCUCACAGCAUGUGUGUCCUCAUGAAAAUGGCCUCCGAGGUGUUUACUUGGGAAGAGGUAUUUGUUUAUUUAUCUAUUUUAUUUUGUAAUUAUGCGUUUUGUGGAAGUUUACACUGAAGUUAGUCUUUCUGUAAGGUCUGAUCAAAGUUUUUUGUUCUUUUCCUUCGUUCACGAGACAUUUACUCUGUAUGCAGACCCGCAUAUAGGAUAACGAUAACCAAAAUGAAUAACAAACUGAAUGGAACAUUCAUCUCAUUUUAUUGCAGAAAAUUGCGUUGUAUCUUGCGAGUAUCAUACACGACAUCGAUCAUCGUGGUUACAAUAAUGCUUUCAUGAUCAAGAACAAAUCCCCGCUGAGUCAUCUGUACUCAACUUCAACCAUGGAAUGGCAUCAUUUUAAACAAGGAGUUUUCAUCUUGGAGGUGAGUGCAAUUUCAGUUUCCUCUAAUAUUAAGUAGGCAAAGAGUUGUUAUCCAUUCGGAGCAAACAGCUCGCGCUGAUAUUGGUUUUACGUAGUAGGAAUAGAAUGUAGGGUACAUUUUUAUAGAUAUGGGGCUUCGCUGCGCGCGCUUCGAGCUCUGCUUUCAUCAUCUUACUCUAAAUAUGCUUCAUUCAAAGAUUCAUUGUCAUUCUGGUUGGCGCCAUUGACUCUAUUCGAAAGGUCAGGGUUUGAGCCUUUGUCAGAGUUUGCGCCGGAGUCCGUGGGUUCUUCGUCAAGAAACUUAAAUCGCAAAUUAUCUUUCCAUACCUGGGCCAGGUUAUUUAAGCACGAUUAAGCUAACCUAGGGUUAGCCAACAAUCCUUUAUUCAAUUUUUUUGUCGCUUUACAGACAGUCUUAAUCGGAUACAUUUUUCCUUUCGUUUUUAUGCGACGCUAAGGUAAAACCCCGUUAAAACGUAAGCCCUAAUACACACUAUAUUUUAAGAGAAACCAAAGACAAGUUGAAAUUUUAAUCCUGAAUUAUCGCUUACUGCCUUUUGAACAACCGAGCCCAGGAAUAUUAAUGGGAACCAAGGGGCUGUCAAGUAACACCAAACAAACUCUGAGGACACGUUGCGACAGACCAGGAUAUAACCAAUCCUUCACGCUGCAGAAAUCGAGCCUCGAUAUCGCUGCGAGUGAAUUGCAACCGCAUGCGCACUUUAGCUAUUUUGAUGACCGCAUACUAAUUCAGUACAACUUUCCAGACAGUGUUUUGUUACCCAGUCUACUUGAUAAUGUAUUGCACCAUCAUAAAAAUUAGCUCCUCAUUGGUCAUGGUCCAGCUAAAAUCUUAAGACUCCUGGGCCCAGUUGUAUAAAGAACGGAUAACGCUAUUCAACGGAUAAAUCGCUAUCCGGCGGAUAAGUGAUGGCUUAACGUAUAGCGUUAUCCACCGGAGAGAGUUUUAUCUAGUGGAUAGCGCUAUCCAGUCUUCGAAUAAACGGGGCCAGAGUUGUUUAUUUUUCAUUGCGUUGCAAUUUUAUUGCGCAGUGUCACUUUUGAAUCGUACAAAUCUUAAUUCUAUCGACAGACGGCUGGUCAUAAUAUUUUAAAUGCACUCUCCGCGAAGCAGUACAAGUAUAUGUUGGAACUUAUGGAGGACGCGAUCUUGGCGACGGACCUAAUGCUGUUUUUCGAUAACAGAGCAAAACUCAACGACAUUGUCACGAAUGGAAAAUUCUCUUGGAGUAUACCAGAUCACAAGUACUGUUGCUAUUUAUGGAAAAAUUAUUGAUUUGUUUGUAAUGUCUUUUUAGGGCAUUAUGUCCAACAAUUCAUGUAAGCUUACAUUGAUUGUUGUUGCAGGCAGCUUGUUCGUAGGCUGUUGAUGACCGCGUGUGACUUGUCUGCCGCUGCCAAGCCAUGGUACAUUCACAUCAAUUCAGUCAAGAGGGUGUUUGAAGAAUUCUAUCGACAGGUGAGUUUCUUUGCAAAACAGGUCUGUUUAUAAUUCAGAUCCUGCGACUGCUUGCCUGCGGUUUAGGAUUCUAUAGAAUUACUACCUAGAUCUUGAGAGUCAAAUUAUUUAAUGUAUUUUUCGACAGGGAGAUGAAGAAAAGCUUAUGGGACUGACUCCUGUGCCAAUGAUGGAUCGAGCAAGAAAGAGCGAACUUCCUGAAAAUCAGGUAAGUUUGUGUGGAAUAUAAAAGCUGUAUUCAUUCAGUACAGCAGGACAACUAAAAUUCUUUUUUGCUUCAGAUAUUGCGGUAGAUUUUCUUAAAUCCAUCGAACAGAGUGAAUAAAAAUUUGAUUAAUUAUUUCUAUAAAUGAAAUAAUUCACGUCACGUGGAAGCUAUUCCCACUUUUACCUAACACAGGGUGAAACAGGGGCCUAGUUUGGCUUAAUCGGGGUGUUAAAUUAUCCACCUCCCGAUCAUUACGAUGUUGAAAGGGUGGUGAAUCUGAAGGUAACGACAUGCGUCUUGGGAGAAGCAAGUUCUCCUGAAACUCUCUCCUAAGAAAAACCAGGAUUGAAUGACCACUUAUAUUCACAUUCCGAGGACUAAGGAGGCUAAAAUGUAGUUCACUCUAAAUUUCUUCUUAAUAAUUUAUGUUUUUUUUCGAACAGGUCUCGUUCCUCAAGGGCAUCGUUAAACCCUGUUAUUCAACACUCAUUAGUGUCCUUCCUAUGAUGGAAUCAAUAAUGGCCUCCAUUGAGUAAGUUGGAAAAAUUGGCACUGGUGUAGUACCCACGUCUACCUGAGACCAUUAAUUUGCUAACAGAUCUGUGCGUUUGUCUAUUUCUCUAUUUGUCGGUGCACCUCAUGAUCAGUUCAUCAGUUCGUCUGCUCGUCAGCUCGUCUGUUCGUCUGUUCGUCAGUUCGUCUAUUCGUUUGUUCGUCAGUUCGCCUGUUCCUUUGACAAUUAUAUCUACCUAAGUGUGAGUUUUGUGCUUUCUUUGAAACACUGUUUUCUUUUCCAGUUUAAAUCUGACCUCAUGGGAAAAUCGUCUAAGACAAAAACAGAUGCACCCGCCUGGUUCCGGUGGACGUCAACUGCCUGAUGGAACAGACGUGAGGGAGUCUAUGUCUUUCUUUGAUUACUAAUCAUAAAUCCUUUCAAAAGCAUUUGUUAAUUAAAUUCCAAAAAAAAUAUCAGCGAAAAGAUUUAAUACUUUUCUUGGAUCUGGUUUUUUUUCUUUUAAUCUUUUCAUUUCUUUAAAUUUUAACUUAUGUUCAAUCAUCGACGGAGGUAUUUCGUAAAUAUUUGAGUUGAUCAGCAAUCUCCCAACCGUUAUGCAUUUUACUGAUAACGUCAGCUUUUCAUGACAUCUUAUGUUGUUUUUAAAUAUGUGCACAGAAAGUGCACAAGUUAUCCCAAGUUGAUUUAGCCCCAUUUCAAAUAAAUUGACUUUUCUCUUUUGAUUUCCUUCCAAAAAAACUACUCCAAGGUAUUACUUUUGCUAUCCGCAAUGUUAUUUGAUGAUGAGCCCCAAAACCAGAUGAAAAUUUCAAAGAGGUUAAAAUGAUCAGAAUAAAUUUAUAUGCGUAAGACAAUUUUCGACUGGUCUGAACUGAAGUUACGCAAAGUUUUGUGAUAUUAAGCUUGACGAUGUCAAGUUGUCUUGAUGGAAACCUACAAGUAGAUUCAGCAAGCAAUUUUUAACAAUUGAUUUGACGGAAAUUGUACAACUGACAUCAUCCACGAAUGAAAUGUCCUUUUUUAUCAACUAUUGUAAAUAAACUUAGUUUUGUUGUGCCAAACGGAGAAAUAAAACAAAAUUUUGAAACAGC